AUAAGGUGAGAGAGUAAAACCUAGCAAUUUUGUAAGGUGAAGAGUUAAAACCCACCAACUUUAUAAUAAGAUGCAUGGGUCUUUUAGCAACAAUUUUCUAUGUUGAUUUGUUCGGUAACCUUGGCAUGGGAAGGUUUCUAAGGGGAUGGGACAAUGCCAAUGGGUCUUUCUCUUCGCUAUUGCCAUCACGAUGUCAAAGGGUGCCUUCUGGUGGUGCUGGUGUUGCAGUUGCUGCUGCUGCACCUGCUGGUGCUGGAGGUGCCACUGCUCCAGCUGCAGCCGAGACCAAGAAAGAAGAGAAAGUGGAAGAGCAAGAGGAGUCUGAAGAUGUAAGCUUUUCUUGAAACCAUAAUUUUGUUACGCUGCAUAUGUCAGACCUUGACCCCUGCAUUUUUCUUAUUUUACUAGGUCUUAUCUUCUCUUUACUUGCUUGUAAUCUCUAGAUUCCUUGUAGACAUGUUCACACUUAAUAUUUGCAUGCACUGUAUACUAACAAUUGUUUUGUGAAGCAUCGCUGGAACCUAUCUUGGCGUUGCCCUUUUUUUUUUCUUUUUCUUUUUCUUUGGUCAUAAACUUACCUGAUAUUC